ACGGUUUUAUUUUGAAGGCUGUAGCCGGAAGUGUUUUGAACGUGUAUUUAAACUUCACGCUGUGUUGACACGGUUUGAGUGGAAACAGCAGGAACCAGAGGACAGAGAGAUGUGGUGGUUGCUGUGGGUGCUUGUGGCCUUGCUGGCUCUCUUCUGCAGUCUGGAUGUGUGGUACUUCCUGCAGGCAGCUGUUGUGAUUCUCCGGGCCUGGUUUCAGCCUCCAAUCAGGGAUAUCACAGCAGAGCAGACCCUCACAGGCCGGGUCACUCCCAACGACAUUGACAUGUGCCACAUGAACAACGCUCGCUACCUCCGGGAGUGUGACUUCGCCCGCUUCUCCCUCUACAUGCGUAACGGUGUGUUCAAGGCGUUGCGAGCGCUCAAAGCAACCAUGCUCGUGGGGGCCACCACCAUCCGUUACCGCAGGGCUCUGUUUUUAGGCGAGGCGUACGAGCUGCGAAGCCGCAUCGUCACCUGGGAUGACAAAGCGUUUUUUCUGGAGCAGAGAUUUGUGUCCACAAAAGACGGGCUGGUGUGUGCCGUCAUGUACUGCAAGCAGAGUAUCAUACGCAGUAGCCCAGACAAGAUCAUGCAGCACCUGUGUAAGAGGAAGGUGGAGUGCCCGGAGUUUCCAGAGGACCUUCAGCACUGGGUCAACUUCAUCUCUGCCAGCAGCCAGGCCCUCAGAGCCGAGAGUGGACUGGAUGACAAGAACAAAUAAAGGGAUUACACCCAUACACUCAGGGUCUUAAAAGCCCUCUGAGAGAGACAUUUGUCCUCUGUUUACAGUCACAGGAUUUAAACACACUCGUGCCUUCUGAAAAUGAGCUUCACUUUGACUCCAUCACAUGCCUUUGUCAACACUGGAAGAGCUAUCACUGCAUUUUUUUUUGGGUGAGGCUGAUAAAAGAUUACUUACUUAGUAAUGUGAAUGAUUAAUGAUUGUAUAAAGUGUAUCUUCUUGCACUGUGACAGCAAUAAAACAAAUUUUAUUA